GUGUUAAGCUCUUUUAUAUUGGACAUCUUAACCUUCCGCACCCCCAUUCCGCGUUCCGAUCCUUUAUCAUUUCAUAACCUAUCUCUUCCAACUUUUUUGCCGACACCUUAUCAUUCUCUUCCUCCUGCUAAAGCAACGCCAUCGUCCAUCGCAGAGAAUUCCUUCAAGGAUGAUAAGGGGCGACGAAGGCUUCUGGGUUACAGAGUGUUAGUUAAGUCGAAGCCAUAGCUCUCUGCUCAAACUACUCCAACACUGUCCAGAAGAAGAAAACUGGCAGCAGACAUGGCCUUAGUAAAACCCAUACUGAAAUUUUGUCCCUCCGGCACUCCACGGCCGAGCAGCUGCCGGAAACCGCCGCUCUUCAGCGUGAGAAUGUCGAGCACCGCCACAUCGGCGAAGAAGGCCGCCGGGAAGCAGGCGAUCAAGGAAUCCCUCCUGACGCCGAGAUUCUACACGACGGACUUCGAGGAAAUGGAGAGGCUCUUCAACACGGAGAUUAACAAAAAUCUGAAGGAGGAUGAGUUCGUGUCGCUGCUUCAGGAGUUCAAGACGGACUACAAUCAGACCCAUUUCGUGAGGAACAAGGAAUUCAAGGAGGCCGCCGACAAGCUUCAGGGUCCUCUCCGGCAGAUAUUCGUGGAGUUCUUAGAGAGGUCCUGCACUGCCGAGUUCUCUGGUUUCCUUCUCUACAAAGAGCUCAGUAGAAGGCUCAAGAAAACAAACCCUAUUGUAGCAGAGAUAUUUUCUCUCAUGUCUAGGGAUGAAGCUCGCCAUGCUGGUUUCUUAAACAAGGGAUUGGCCGACUUCAACUUGGCAUUGGACCUGGGCUUCCUGACUAAGGCCAGAAAAUACACAUUUUUCAAGCCCAAAUUCAUCUUCUACGCAACAUACUUGUCUGAGAAAAUUGGGUACUGGAGAUACAUUACCAUAUAUAGACACCUGAAAGCAAAUCCGGAAUAUACGUGUUACCCGAUUUUCAAUUACUUCGAGAACUGGUGCCAGGAUGAGAAUCGCCAUGGCGACUUUUUCUCUGCUUUGAUGAAAGCUCAACCUCAGUUCCUCAAUGACUGGAAGGCGAAAUUAUGGGCCCGCUUCUUUUGCCUUUCGGUUUACGUGACUAUGUAUCUCAAUGACUGCCAGAGGAGUGCUUUCUAUGAAGGCAUUGGCCUUAACACAAAAGAAUUUGAUAUGCAUGUCAUCAUUGAGACGAACCGAACAACAGCUAGAAUAUUCCCGGCUGUACUAGACGUGGAGAACCCGGAGUUCAAGAGGAAGUUGGACAGAAUGGUGGAGAUCAACCAAAAGCUGAUCGCAGUCGGGGAGAGCAGUGACCUUCCCGUGGUGAAGAAUCUGAAGAGAAUCCCUCUCGUUGCUGCCCUUGCUUCUGAGCUGUUCGCUGCCUAUCUCAUGAAACCUGUUGAUUCUGGUUCCGUUGACCUUGCUGACUUCGAAACCCAGCUCGUUUACUGAAUGAAGACUGCUCUCCUCUUCUUUAAUUCUUGCGAAAACACUAUUCACGAUUGUGUAUAAUCAUCGUUUCUAUUUGGCUGAAUUAAUUAAUUCUCGUGGUCUCCCCUGAUUGUCUCGAUAAAAGUUAAGUAAUUUUUAAAAUUAUACUUCCUCCGUCCUCCGUCCAUUUAAGAUUGUUAUUCUUUUUUUGUCCGUUCCACUAAAUUAUGCUCCCUACUUCCAUAGGGAGUGUUUGCAUUUGCUUAAAAAAGUAUUUCUCGACUUUUGGCUUAAAAAACAAAAAAUAAUGUUUUUAAAUGACAACUUCUAUUUAAAAAAGUGUUUAUCGGCUUUUGUGCAAAAAAUGUUUUUUAUUUUUUCCAUUACACAAAAAGCACUUAUUUUGCAAACACUAUCAACUUCUAUUUUUCAAAUCACUUUUUUCUC